UUGAUAGUCCCAAGUGGCAUUGGAAAGAAAAGGUUGUCUCUGCUCCAAGAUAAAGUGGUUCUUCAUGGGGGAAGACUUGUAUCAUCCUUUGAAGAAGAAGGGAGGUUGACCCAUGUUAUUGUAGAUGACAUGCUUUCCAUUGAUGGAUUCAAGAAAUAUGUGGAAGAUGAGGCCAGAGUUGCAGGUGUACCAGUUCUGAAGACCCAGUGGUUGAGUCGAUGCCUAGCAGAAAAUGCUAUUAUUCCAUUGGGGGAGCAUCAAAUGUUUGCUAUGCCAAAAAUUUGUCCAACAGUUCUAGUUGGAACAUCUUUGGGUCAUCCUCAUGAAGAGCAAACAAAGGAAAUCAGUAUCAAUAAGGAUGGAUUUGCAUGUGCCCAUGCAUCUGGAAUGAAGACAGACAAUGUCAAUCAGCUCAUAACUGAGGAACUUGGCAAGUUGGCUAAAAUCUACAAGAAUUCCAAUGAUCAUUGGAGGGCACUGACAUAUGAAAGGGCAAUCAACCAGAUAAAGAAACUUCCUAAGCCAAUUUCUUCUUAUGAGGAAGCAAAAGUGCUGCAUGGCAUUGGACCAAGCCUAGCAGACAAAAUAUGGGAGAUAGUAGAACAAGGGAAACUGAGGAAAGCUGAGAAACUUUCAGAAGGUGAGAAAGUUAGAACUUUGGAACUUUUUACAAGCAUCUGGGGAGUAGGUGCAACGACUGCAGAACUGUGGUAUGGAAUGGGAUUGCGAAAUCUGAAUGAUGUCAAAACCAAAGCUCAUCUGACUCACCAGCAACAGAUUGGCUUGAAAUGUUUUGAUGACUUGCUGGAAAGGAUGUCCAGGGCUGAGGCUGGAGAGAUAGCUGCUGUUAUCAGGAAGGCAGUGGAGGAAUUGUGUCCAGGUACACAAACAUUUGCAUGUGGCUCAUAUAGGCGUGGGAAAUCUACAUGUGGAGAUGUUGAUGUCCUUGUCACUCAUCCUGAUGGGGUGUCGCAUGAAGGACUGUUCCAGCCGCUUUUGAAGAAAUUGAAGCUUUCAGGGUUUUUGACUGAUGAUCUCAUGAUUCAAGAACAGAGUACUGCUCAGCAGAAGUAUCUAGGAGUAUGCAAGUUGCAUAAAGAGAAUGCAAAGUAUCGCAGGCUUGAUAUCAUUGUUAUGCCCUAUGGUGAACUGGCUCCAGCUCUAAUGUAUUUUACUGGCUCUGCUCACUUUAACCGAUCUAUGAGAUUGUUGGCAAACAAGAUGGGCAUGAGUCUGUCUGAACAUGGACUUCGCGCAGGUGUGGUCAGACAAGGUCGAGAGAAGGUGAAUGAUGGUCAUCUUUUGGAAACUCCAACUGAAGCUUCAAUAUUUCAGCAUUUAGGGUUGGAAUAUAGACCACCAGAAGAUCGUGAUCAU